AUGUCUUCUGCGAUGGCCCUCGAGUCGGGCCUGACCCGGAUCGUGGCCGACCAGGUCGCCUUGGCUCGGGCAACGACCAACACACAGAAGAUGAAGGCCGCCAUGAAGAAUCAGUGGGACAUCCGAAAGAAGCUGAAAGCCUCCAACGAGAAUGACCUCGCAUUCGAAAUGGUUAUUCGAGCCCAGAUCGAUGAAGUCUUCCUGGUUCUUGCCCAUCUCGGCGAAGCUAUCCUGCCAUUAGGCGUGUUCAACAAGGAUUACUACCUGCAAACACUGGGAGACGUCCAGGCGGCGAUCGCCAACUGCGGACACGAGCUUCUUCCUGUGGCAUGGGGUGAACUUGACGCCGAACUCCAGUAUGUCUGCACCGCAGGACUGGCGAUAUGCGCUUGCUACGCCCCCAUGCCUCUGUACCGCGGAUUCGGUGCUUGUGUUCUCUCUGACUAUGACUGGGCAUGUCCGGAUAUUGCGCAUCUCGAGGAAAAGGCCAAAAAGAAGGCACUCUGGACCGUCUACGGCAUCAAGCAGAGAGUUGAUCCUCAGGCGACGCGAUCCGUGUUCCUCGCAUUCGAUCAAGCAAUCCAGAUGUUGCAAGUCAAGCCCAUGGCGUUUCUCACGAAACGACCAGCGAUAUCCAGCAUCGCUGAACACCAACCGCACUUUGGAGCAAAGCCAAAGAAAGAAGUCAGAGAAAAGCUCGACCUGCUGGAAGAUUGGGUCAAGCAGCUGGAGCGUCGUGGACAUCCCGCCCCCAAAGCGAGCCGACUGACUUCCUGGGGCAUUCCUUUUGCGACCUGGACGUCUCCUUACAGUUGUCACAUCAUGAAGGCAGCCAAGGACUGCGAGACUCUUGCGUACCAUCAAAUGGACCCCGGCAGACUAUUGCACGCCUUCGUCUGUCGAGCAAGCGCAAGUUUGGACGAAGGUCAAGUUCUCGUGCUUCUCCCGGGCAGCCCUGCCGAGUCACUGCUUUCCUGGCUAGAGGGGCUACCAGGCAUGUCCCACAAGAUAGUCAGAUGGGAGGAUCUCGACACAAUGUACUUCGAGAGCAAGAUACCGAAAUCCCUGCGGAAGCGCAUCGGACAGUAUCCACUUCCUACGCAGUAUGCGGUUCGCAACACUCAAGCUUCCACGAGACUGUCUCUACCAAUGUCAUCUUCGCGCUCGCCGCUCGAGCACCCGAACACGGUAUCUCCGCCCCCAUACUCUAUGCAAGUUCGACCUCAAAGAUCUCAGAUACAGCUCCCAGUCGCGGAACUCGGGCUUGCCGAUCCGAGCGAACUGCCCACGAGCCCGGAAGGACCUGCUCCAAGUCUGCCACCACGCCCUGACUCUACACGGAGCGCACCGCCGGCUACUACCGCUGCCCCUAACGGUCUGGGAGUGUCUGCUGGGACCAAGUCAAUACAUACGCUCCGGCGAAAGCCUCCCGCGAGUGCGACAGCACCAACUCCAGUCGUGGCCACGGCAGCAGUUGCGGUAGGUACGCCUGCUGUCAAAAAUGCACCAGCACAGGAGCUCGACUCUGUGCCCAAGCCCGCAGAAAUGCCGGUAGACGCUGCUACCGCUCCGUCGGUCGAGAUGCCGGCACUUACAGCCGUAGAGCUUCCAACAGACUACCACAUUGAUGCACCGGCGCCACUGAGGCCGAGCAAGAGCUAUCAAAGCAUGCGGAACUCAUCCGUCCCGUCUGUAAACAUCGUCGCUCCAACAGUAACCGAGGAGCCAAAAAGUGUUGCCAAUACUCUGCAGCCGCCGCAAUCACCCUAUGUAAACCCGCAACCGCAACCCGCUGGCACCAAGAACGACAGUCAUGGUUCACCUCUCAGCCCUGAAGCGAGUUCACAAGAUACCGGCAGCUCUGACCACUACCUUGCUCUUCUGACCAAGGUCGCGAGUGGCGAGAUCAGCCCACAGGCGCUGAGCGAGAUGCUAUCGAAGGGCAAUGGCGCUGCUGGUCAAAGUAAGGCGCAAGCAACAAACGAAUAUACAGCGCAGCCUCCGACUUCUACGACAACACCCGAGCGCAGCCUGCCAUAUCCGCUCAAGGAAGAAGAGCGCUCACUGCCGUACCCAUUGAGCCCUACAGAUGGUCCCGCGUUCCGGAACGAGGAUGAAACCCGAGCCGAAGCAGAGAUUCCAGCAGCACUACGCCCCGGAAAUUCUUGA